AUGCCUCCCAAGCGCAAGUCCCCGGUUGCGACGGCGGCGGCCCCCGCAAUGCCGCCUAGGAUGACCCGGAGCAUGGCAGCCGGGAAGCGGGGCGCCGACGCUCCGGCCAAAAAGGAGGAAGCAGUGGCGGCGCCGGCGGCGGCCGGGGAGAAGGGCAGGAAGAAGGCCAAGAAGGAGGUGUCUGCGGUGGAGACGGUACUGUCGCCUCCUGCAGCGGCCAAGCAGAAGGUGAAGAAAAAUGCCAAGAAGGAGGUGGCGGCGGCCGCGGUAGAUGAUAGCGGUGCUGGCGCUGAAAGCGGGAAGCGCGUCAUCGUCGAGGCUUGCACCCAGUGCCAACAGUUCAAGAGAAGAGCUUUAAAGGUGAAGGAGGAUCUUGAAAGUGCUGUCCCUGGGGUUUCUGUGACAAUCAACCCUGAAAAGCCACGCCGUGGAUGCCUUGAGAUACGGGAGGAAGGUGGUGAUGUGUUCAUUUCACUGCUGAACAUGCCACGGCCCUUCAAAAAGAUGAAGGAGCUCGACAUGGACAAGGUUAUCAAGGACAUUGCCCAGAAAAUUGCUUGA